AUGUGGGAGCGCGGCAGGCCGCCCCGCAAGCCGCGACCGUCGCCUCUCAUCUUGCCGGCAGCGGCGCUGGUGUCGCCCCCUCCCCCUCGAUACGUCUUCCCCAGAUCCCUCUUCGCACUCGCCGCCCGCAUCAUGCCGUCGCGCCGCCCCUCCCCUGUCCUCCUCCUCCUCCUCGCGCUGGCGCUCGCCCUACUCUUCCUCCUCCUCUCCCCCUCCGGCCCCUCCGCCGCCCGCCUCUCCCAAUCCUUCGCUUCCACCUCCGCUGUCUCUGCCGCUUCUGCCCCUCCCUCCCCCAUCAAGAUCUACCUCUACGACCUGCCGUCCAAGUUCACCUACGGCGUCGUACGCAGCUACAUGUCCGCGCGAGCUCCGCCGGGGUCGGCGGAUGUGGGCGCGACGCUGGCAGACGAGGAGCUGCGGUAUCCGGGACACCAGCACUCGGCGGAGUGGUGGCUCUUCAAGGACCUCCGUCGCCGCGGCCCGCGCGAUCGCCCCGUGGCCCGCGUGGAUGACCCGGCCGAGGCCGACCUCUUCUACGUGCCCUUCUUCUCGUCCCUCAGCCUCGUCGUCAACCCCAUCCGCCCCCCGGCAGCCGCCAAUGCCUCCGGGGCGGAGGCCACGGUGGCGCCUUCGUUGUACAGCGACGAGUCCAUGCAGGACGAGCUGGUGGAGUGGCUGGAGCGGCAGCCAUACUGGCGGCGGCACCGAGGGAGGGAUCACGUCUUCAUCUGCCAGGAUCCCAACGCGCUCUACAAGGUGGUGGACCGGAUCAGCAAUGCGCUACUCCUCAUCUCUGACUUCGGCCGGUUGCGUGGUGAUCAGGCCUCGCUCGUCAAGGAUGUCAUCCUGCCUUACUCCCACCGCAUCAACCCCUUCAAGGGUGAUGUCGGUGUUGACGCUCGUCCAGCCUUGUUGUUCUUCAUGGGCAACCGGUACCGAAAGGAGGGUGGGAAGGUCCGGGAUACACUGUUUCAAGUUCUUGAAAAUGAGGGAGAUGUAAUCAUAAAACAUGGAGCCCAAUCAAGGGUGAGUCGGCGUAUGGCCACACAAGGAAUGCACUCAUCCAAAUUUUGCCUGCACCCUGCUGGAGAUACUCCCUCAGCAUGCAGACUGUUUGAUGCACUUGUCAGCUUGUGUGUUCCUGUUAUUGUUAGUGAUCACAUCGAGUUACCAUUUGAAGAUGUAAUAGACUACAGUAAUAUAUCAAUUUUUGUGGACACAAGCAAGGCUGUACAGCCUGGAUUCUUAACUUCCAUGCUUCGAAGAGUCAGUUCAGAGCGGAUUCUGGAGUACCAGAGAGAAAUACAAAGGGUAAAACAUUACUUUGAGUAUGAAGAUCCAAAUGGACCAGUGAAUGAAAUAUGGCGCCAAGUUUCCGUGAAGGCACCUCUGAUCAAGCUGUUGAUUAAUCGUAACAAACGCAUGGUUGAAAGAGGCACUAACGAAACUGAUUGCUCGUGCAUCUGUUCAAUUCCGAGUGAGAUAUCUAAUUCUAGAUAGGUAAAAUAGAUGGCUUUCGUGGCCUGAAGGAAUUCAACCUUUGUGGAUACAUCGCCUGAAUUUUGGAAGUUGCAGCGCUAUAUAUUUGUACAGCAAGGACCCAAUUGUCUCUGUAUAAUUCCUGAUUGCACGUAACCUCCCGAUCAAUCUUUCAAAUUAUUCAAGUAGAUGUUGAAUAGAGUCAGCAAUGUAGGACGGCACUUUGACUGGUGUAUUUGUAUUAUU